GAUAUGUCUCUAGAUUCGUGACGUGCAAGAAACGUCGCUCAUCUUCAAAAGGCUACAUUUUUAAACUUACCAUGCAAGCAAGCCUCAAAGCCAUCCCUUUCUCCUUCCACAGACCUCCCAGAUUCUACUAUCUCCUCUCUUCUCAUUCUUUCUCUCCUUUUCUUCUCACUUCUACUAAUUCACCAUUUUCUUCUUCUCCUUCUUCUUCUUCUUCCUCACAAUGGUUCGGCUUUCUACGCCAUGCCAUCUCUUCCUCGGACUUGAGGCUCGGGAAAUGCACGCACGCACGUAUCCUAACCUCCGAAGAAAACCCAGAACGUUUCUUAAUCAACAACCUCAUCACAAUGUACUCAAAGUGCGGAUCACUCACUCACGCUCGCCGAGUGUUCGAUAAAAUGCCUGAAAGAGACCUCGUUUCCUGGAACUCUAUUUUAGCAGCAUAUGCCCAGUCUUACGAACAUGUUAUCGACAGCACCGAAGAGGGUUUUGUUCUUUUCCGGAGUUUACGACAGAACGUUGUGUUCACCAGUCGAAUGACUUUGGCUCCUCUGUUGAAACUCUGUUUGUGUUCUGGAUAUGUGUGGGCUUCAGAGGCAGUUCAUGGGUACGCUUGCAAAAUCGGUUUGGACAGUGAUGAGUUUGUUGCCGGAGCUCUUGUCAAUAUAUAUCUGAAGUUUGGUAAGGUUAAGGAAGGUAGGGUUUUGUUUGAGGAGAUGCCUGGUAGAGAUGUGGUGCUAUGGAACUUGAUGUUGAAGGCUUAUCUUGAUAUGGGUUUUAAAGAAGAGGCAGUUGAACUCUCUUCUGCAUUCCAUAAAAGUGGCUUGCAUCCCAAUGGAAUCACUUUGCGUUUACUUGAUAGAGUUUCUGGUGAUGAUUCUGAAGGAAGACAAGUGAAUGGUAAUGAUGCUUCCGAAAUACGAUCCAAGAACCAGAUAUUAACUAAGUAUCUCCAGGGAAGUCAGUACUCAUCUCUUCUCCAAUGUUUUGCGGAUAUGGUUGAUUCCAACUUGGAAUGUGACAGUGUCACAUUUGUUUUGGUGUUAUCUACAGCUGUUAGGUUAGAUAGUUUAGCAUUAGGGAAGCAAGUUCAUUCUAUGGCAUUGAAGUUGGGUUUUGAUUUGAUGCUCACUGUGGCGAAUAGUCUAAUAAACAUGUACUGUAAGCUGAGAAAAGUCGGCUACGCUAGGACUGUUUUUAACAGUAUGAGUGAACGAGAUUCGAUUUCGUGGAACUCAGUUAUCUCCGGGUUUGCUCAAAGUGGCCUAGAAGUGGAAGCAGUGUGUCUGUUUAUGGAGCUCUUACGUUGUGGCCUCACACCAGACCAUUAUACCCUAACCAGUGUUCUAAAAGCAACUUCUUCUCUCUCGUUGAAUAAACAAGUUCAUGUUCAUGCAAUUAAAACCAAUAACGUUGGUGACAGUUUUGUCUCUACUGCUCUGAUAGACGCCUACUCUCGGAACAAGUGUAUGAAAGAGGCAGAGGUUUUGUUCUCGAGGAACAGUUUCGAUCUCGUCGCUUGUAAUGCCAUGAUGUCUGGUUACACCCAGAGUAAUGACGGCGACAAGACUCUGAAGCUCUUUGCUUUGAUGCAUAAACAGGGAGAUAGGUCUGAUGAUUUCACGCUUGCAACAGUGGUUAAGACAUGUGGUUCCUUGUUUGCAAUGAAUCAAGGAAAGCAAGUCCAUGCUUAUGCAAUCAAAUCCGGAUACAACUUAGAUCUAUGGGUCAGCAGUGGGGUGUUGGACAUGUACGUAAAAUGUGGCGAUAUGAAGGCAGCACAUGUUGCUUUCAAUUGCAUUGCUGCGCCGGACGAUGUUGCUUGGACAACUAUGAUAUCAGGAUGCAUAGAGAACGGAGAAGAAGAGCGAGCUUUCCAUGUGUAUAGCCAGAUGAGACUCAUGGGAGUGUUACCUGAUGAGUUUACAAUAGCCACACUUGCGAAAGCAAGUUCUUGUUUAACAGCAUUAGAACAGGGGCGUCAGAUUCAUGCAAAUGCCCUCAAGCUGAACUGCUCAGGUGAUCCUUUCGUUGGAACUUCACUUGUGGACAUGUAUGCUAAAUGUGGAAGCAUCGACGACGCUUUUUCUUUGUUUAAAAGGAUUGAGAUGAGGAACAUCGCCGCCUGGAACGCGAUGUUGGUAGGAUUAGCUCAACAUGGGGAAGGCAAAGAAGCGCUCCAUCUUUUUGAACAGAUGAGAUCUUUAGGUAUAAAACCUGAUAAGGUCACCUUCAUCGGUGUUCUCUCUGCUUGCAGUCACUCAGGUUUAGUAUCCGAGGCAUACAAGCAGAUCAAGUCAAUGGAUCGAGACUACGGCAUUAAACCUGAAAUAGAACACUACUCUUGUUUAGCUGACGCGCUUGGCCGUGCUGGACUUGUCCGAGAGGCUGAGAAACUGAUCGAGUCGAUGUCCCUGGAAGCUUCAGCGUCAAUGUACAGAGCUCUUCUUGCAGCUUGCAGAGUUCAAGGGGACACAGAGACAGGGAAGAGAGUGGCCACUAAGCUUUUGGAGCUAGAGCCAUCGGAUUCAUCAGCUUAUGUGCUUUUAUCAAACAUGUACGCUGCUGCUUCCAAAUGGACUGAGGUGAAACUUGCCAGGACGAUGAUGAGAGGGCAAAACGUGAAGAAAGACCCUGGUUUCAGUUGGAUCGAGGUGAAAAACAAGAUCCAUCUAUUUGUUGUGGACGAUAGAUCAAACCCUCAAGCCGAGUUGAUAUACAGGAAGGUUAAAGAUGUGAUCAGAGACAUUAAACAAGAAGGGUAUGUUCCUGAGACGGAUUACACACUUGUGGAUGUGGAGGAAGAGGAGAAAGAGAGGGCGUUGUACUACCACAGCGAGAAGCUGGCUGUUGCUUUCGGGCUUAUGAGCACUCCUCCAGCCACACCGAUCCGUGUCAUAAAGAAUCUUCGCGUCUGUGGAGAUUGCCACAAUGCGAUGAAGUAUAUAGCGAAAGUGUAUGGUAGAGAGAUUGUACUGAGAGAUGCAAACCGGUUUCAUAGGUUCAAGGAUGGUAAAUGCUCAUGUGGUGAUUUUUGGUAGUUUGGAAGGUUGGACAGAGAUUAAGUUUUUGAUUUACUCAAUAGAUUGUAAUUCAAGUUACACUGCAUUAUCUUGAGAAGAAUACACACAAGUAUCUUGUUUCCAGCUCCUCCAACGCAGUUUAUGUCUCCUUUCUCCUGUAUUUCUCCGGUAUAAAUCAUGAGACAUCGCAGGAGGCAACAU